AUGAAAAUAUUUUUCAGUAAAGUUUUUUAUAUUUUAAAAAUUUAUUGUUUUAUCCCCAGGUUUGAUAGAGUUCUUCUGCAAGUCACAGUGGUCCAUCAUAAAGAAAUAAUAUUGAUUCAGAAAAUAAUUGGAUGGAUAUAUUUUUUUGCCUGGUCAAUUUCCUUUUAUCCUCAAGUCAUUACAAAUUUUAGACGCAAAAGUGUGGUGGGGCUGAGUUUUGAUUUUGUGUUUUUGAAUCUUACUGGAUUCUUGUGCUAUGGACUAUUUAACGUCGCAUUAUUUUGGAUACCUGAAAUUCAAGAUGAAUAUUUUGCACUGCAUCCCAGAGGAGUCAACCCUGUUGAAGCCAAUGACAUCGCCUUUGCAUUACACGCCAUCGUUUUAACGUCUGUCACUGUACUCCAAUGCCUCCUCUACAAGAAGACAUCACAGAAGAUCUCCACGCUGGGAAGUGUUUGUCUUCUGCUGUCCUGGGCAACAGCAGGACUCUUCUUGUUUGUUUCAAUGGCUGGUUUGAUAUCAUGGCUCACUUACAUCUACAUCUUCUCCUACAUUAAACUUGCAAUCACUUUGGUGAAAUAUUUUCCACAGGCUUGGAUGAAUUUCAGAAGAAAAAGUACGGAAGGCUGGAGUAUAGGGAACGUAAUGCUGGAUUUCACUGGCGGAUGUUUCAGUUUGCUUCAGAUGUUUCUUAUUGCCUAUAACAAUGAUGAUUGGUCUUCACUUUUUGGAUCACCCACCAAAUUUGGACUAGGAUUGUUUUCUAUAAUUUUUGAUAUAAUAUUUUUCUUACAGCACUAUUGUUUUUAUCGUAAAGGUUUUACUCUUUUAUAUGAAGAAAUUCCUGGGGCAUGA